AUGUCUUCUAAUCUACUAUACCUAGCAGCCCUAAGGCACUGUCUCGACCUGGCCGAACAUGAAAAGGGAUGCAUAUCUAUAAACAAGUUCAUCACAAACAGCAGAGGACCAGGCAGAGAUAAACUCCUACGCUUAAUUGCAGAACAUUCGGUGUACCUCUCUCAAGAUCCCUCAGGGAACUAUGUUCUGCAGCAUGUCAUAGGACUCCAUGAUCCUGUCUCUACUGAGAAGAUAUGCUGUCUUUUGAGGGGCAACUAUGUGCUUCUCUCUUCACAGCAAGGUGGUAGUCAUGUGGUAGAGAAAUGCUUAAACUCUCCUUGGAUGGAUUAUGUGAUUCUGGAUUUUUUAAAGUGGGACAGACUCUGGCAACUUGCUCGAGAUCGAUAUGGGAACUAUGUGAUCCAAACAGCAUUGAAAGUCACAAAGCGUGCAAAUAUUCCACUUCAUCGAAGGCUUCUAGAGAAAUUCCAAGGGCAUUUGGAUGCUCUCCGUUCUGGAUAUGGAAGGAAUGUCAUCAAUUUGAUUGUCAGGGGGGUUCCACUGGACUGAUCAGCCCAACCAAUUCGGAUUGUGAAAAUGGUGUUUGUGUUUGACAUCCUGAAUAUAUGUUACCUGUUUUCCAUGAGUAGCUCCUUUGUUUCUUCUAUGAAGUAAAGUACCAAGUGUAAUGAAUAAGGUGCAGUGUGAGUGUCGUGAAUAGAAAAUGUAAGGAUUAUAUGAUUACUAUGUAGGUUAUGUUUGUUUACAUGUUUUAGGAGGUAUGUUUUGUUUGGAAAUUUCAUG